AUGGCAUCGCAGAGAUCAGCAGAUACCACGCAUUGCGCAAUCCUCACACUCCCAGACGAGCUCCUUCUAGAAUUCUUCAGUCACCUUCCGCACCUUCCGCGCGACCGCCGCGGUGAUCUUGUGGCACUGACCACCGUGGACAAGCGGAUCGGCGGUAUUGCAAUCGAGCAACUACAUACCAGUGUGUAUCUCAACGUCCAGAACGUCGAGACAUUGUUAGCUCUCUACAAUAAAAGACCACAUCUGGCAAAAUUAGUUAAGAGCCUGGACUUGUAUGACCAAGGAAGUGCCGCCUUGGUUGGACAUUGGUGGUGCAGAUCCAAGACGAUACACACGUGUCACGCAUAUCGUCCACAGGAAAAGAGCUACCAGACGAGUAUGAUUGCCUAUCUGGAUCUGGCAACGAGGAGUGGACUGCCGGAAAGUGUGCAAAAGGGUUUGAGACAAGGGCUCCAGGACCUAGAUCUAGACGCUUUCCUCACUCUCCUCUUGACUGCAGUUCCAAAUCUGCAACACCUCUUUCUCGGUGGCCUUGAAAACCUUGAGUUCCUCAAGUCCAGCAUUGUCAUUGAUAGAACAAGAGCGCUUGUCUUGCCGCAAAUGCAGUAUGCAAGCCGGCUCGCGAGGAUUUACGAACGUCUGGCCGUCACACUCAAGACACUAGAACUGCCGCGUUACACUCUCCACGAUGGAAGAUCAUACGGCUUACGAAGUAUGAUGUCACUUACACGCCUACAUCUCUCUUUUGACAAGCUCCAUGGAGUUAUGCGCAAUGUCUGGUGGGAGCUACCAUCAGGGCUUGAAACACUCAAUAUUUGGGUUCCAGAAGUGCUCCAAGUUAUGGAAAUCUUAAAUUCUCUCUUGGCUGAGCAACAACGUGGUGGACUACCUUUGUUAAAGGAUGUUUCCAUCUAUGUUGAUGCCAUCGAUCCCCUACUUGAAGAUGGUGAGGGGUUUAUCGGAUAUUGGAAAUGCGAUAAAAAGGAUGAGUUCUACAAGAGUCUUAUUGACGGGCUUUCAGAACAAGAAAUGCGCGUAACACUUAGGUAUUGCGACAAGCGCGCUGUAUCUGCGCAGUUCCAUCCCCUGAUGCUGGCAGCCAAUCCGAGCAUGAAUCAGCAUAUUUGGUUCAACGAUCUCCGUGUUUUAGAAGUUCGGGGCCACUUUGAGCAUCUGAGACCACAGGCCAAGAAGAUGUGGAUGGAGAGGAGGAAGAAGUUGAUCGCAAAGAAACGUGAAGAGCAGACUCAGUAUGCUUAG